UGGGUCAUGACUCAUGAACGAGGUUUCUUCCAUGGCGAGCUUGCAAGUUGAAGACGCUGCAAGCUUGCCACCAAAUUCCACUUUACUGACUCUUGUUGACAAGCAGCUAGAAUUCUCCAAACUCAAAUCAUCUGGCCGGUGUCCUUGCAAGCGUAAUAGGGAGCUUGAGGGCUAACAUGGAGAUCAAGCUCCUAUCAAGGCCAGAGAAAGAUGUCCUCAAUCGUUUGUGACAAGGAGAAGCUUGGCAUGCUGCUUCAGUUAAGACUUCGCGGAGGCUUCAGGCUUUAAUGGCGCUGACUCCCAGCCGCCUGCUCUCCAUCACUGUUUGCCUCGUAUUGUCUGCCUAUGCAUUCGUCUGCUACACAACGGUCCAGCUCGUCAUCUUCCCUUCGAUGGGGCCAGAGCUGACUACUCCAUUGGUGCUUCAUCUGUCAGCAUUCAGUGCGAUUGCUCUGCUAGGCAUUGUGUCCUAUGCUGCGGCAGUGAUGAUAGAUCCUGGAAGCGUUCCUCCUGGGUGGAUGCCGGAUGCGGAGGAGAACAAUGACAUGGCAGUCCAGGAGGUGAAGAGUGAUGGGGGGGCGCGCUUCUGCAGCAAGUGCCAGGCGUACAAGCCCCCCCGCUGCCACCACUGCCGGAUAUGCAAGGCCUGCGUGCUGCGCAUGGACCACCACUGCGUGUGGAUUGCCAACUGCGUUGGCCAGCACAAUUACCACCCCUUCUUCCUUUUUGUGCUCUACUUCCUGGUCGGCUGCGCCUAUGCGUUGUACCUUCUCAUCAACCAGCUGUUGCAAGACAUUGAUAGUUUGGAAGAUACUGCGAGUGAGGCGCAGGAAAGGGACCGCAGGAGGCUGCCCCACCAGUCAUUCGAGAUCUCGUGGGACAGCUUAUAUCGGAUCUUUACAGCAAUCUUGGUGCUGCCUUUGGCGAUCGGGCUGGGGGUGCUCUUCUGCUGGCACGUCUACCUCGUGCUGCAUAACAAGACCACCAUCGAGUAUCAUGAAGGAGUAAGGGCGAGGUGGCUCGCGAAGAAAAAAGGACAGCUGUACAAGCAUCCGUACGACCUAGGCAUCGUGCGGAAUCUAAUAACGAUAUUCGGGCCCAAUGCAACAUCGUGGUUUUGGCCGACCCUGCAAAGCCCAGGGGGGGAUGGAUUGUCGUUUCGAACUUAUCUCCAUCUGAGUACGGAGACGGACAGGUCAGUAGGUUUAGAUGAAGAGGUCCGAUUAGAGACAAGGACAGAUGAUGACGACUUCAUCUCACUUGGGCAUAAGCCCGUAAUACAUUGAUCAACUGAUUCUGCGGAAGAACAUUCUUCAUGCAGCUAGCUCUUCUUGAAACUACUUGUAGGAGUCCUGGCUUCGUGCAAGUUUGCUUGCUAAGGUUGAGAACAAAGUGCUCAAACUCUUCCUUUCAGCUCUAGGCCAUUGGGGUCGUAUGAGAUCAUUGCGCAUGGUGACGGUGGUAACUGGGAAUACAACCCGCGGACAACCGCAAG